UCUACCGAUCGAUGGAGGCAGCGAAGAUAAAUUUAGCUGACCAGGAAGAAGACUGGCCUCAUGCUAAUAUGAUGCGUUGUAACUGCACAGUAAUCAUUCAUCAAAAUUGUUGACCAUGGGCGCAGAGAACAGUCUUCAGGAUGUAGUUCGGUGUUACUUCUGUGACAGUCCGUGCCCCACAUUGAAAUGUACCAACUGUAACAUAAAACUGUGUACAACGUGUGUAGGAAAGCAUCUCUCAGACCACAAACACAAAGUGGUGUCAUGUAAACAGCGGAGAUCUACUGCUAUAUGUUUGAAACAUCCAUCAAAAAUAUGUGCUCUUUACUGUGUACAAUGCGAAUUUCCUAUUUGUGAUCAGUGUGCCUCUUCAGAAGAACACAAAAGGCAUGAAUUUAAUACCAUUGACAACAAAAAUGAAUUACAAACAGAAAAUAUAGAGAAAAAUUCUCUACACAUAUACAAAGAUAAUGCAUCUAAUGUGUCAGUUCAGGAAACUGAACUGAAUGAAAAACCCACUACAUCGACAACAGCUAUAACACACGAGCAUGUAGAAUCAUCUCCCCCAGACAAAUCGUAUACAACUAAUAGCCCAGCUGCUGCUGUACUUUGUCCCCAAGAUGAAUCAUACGAAUUUAAUACUACUGGUGCCAUAUCUCCUUUUUCAGAUAGACAGCUCGCAAAGGAUGUACCAGAUGUCGAGUGUGCUCAAAAAGGCAUGGCACAAAGUUUGAAUUCUUCAUGUGCUGUUUCAAUAUCUCCAAACAAAACUUCCAAAAUGAAAAAUUCUCUUAAUAUAUACAACGAUAAUGCAUCUAAUGUGUCAGUUCAGGAAACUGAACUGAAUGAAAAACCCACUACAUCGACAACAGCUAUAACACACGAGCAUGUAGAAUCAUAUCCCCCAGACAAAUCGUAUACAACUAUUAGCCCAGCUGCUGCUGUACUUUGUCCCCAAGAUGAAUCAUACGAAUUUAAUACUACUGGUGCCAUAUCUCCUUUUUCAGAUAGACAGCUCGCAAAGGAUGUACCAGAUGUCGAGUGUACUCAAAAAGGCAUGGCACAAAGUUUGAAUUCUUCAUGUGCUGUUUCAAUAUCUCCAAACAAAACUUCCAAAAUGAAUGAUAUAGAGUCUGCUUCAAACAUUGGUCACACAGUGGAUAUUCCAAAUGCUGAAUCCACUCCUCCAGAUGAGUCAUUUAUAUUUGAUAACUUAAGAUCUAGAUCUGGCCAAUCGUCUUUUUCAGACAGACAGCUCACAAUGAAUAUUCCAGAUGCUGGCUCUUCUUCAAGGGGAACACCAUGCACAUUUAAUUCUUCACUUGCUUUAUCCACCCCUUCAGAUAAAAAUCACUCAAUGGAUAGCUUAGGUUAUCUAUCUUCCCCUCUUUAUGAAUCGCAAUCAAUGGAUAGUUCAUUGUCACUUCCAUAUACACUGAGCGUAACGAAUAAUCUAGAUUUUUAUUCAUUUCCAAAAGAGACACUACACACCCUGAAUACUCCGUUUGCUUUAACCUCUACGCCAGAUGAUACACAUGAAACUGACAUAAUAGAUGUUUCAUCAUCUCCUCUCAGUAGAGGGUACAUGUUGGAUACAACAGAUGCUUUAGCAUUUCCUCCAAACGAAACAUUAUUUGAUAACUCUGGUGGCCUUUCGUCUCCAACAGACAGAGCACACAUGAUGAAUACUCCAGAUGCCGAGUCCUCUCCAAAAUACACACCCCAACCAUUGGAUUUUCCACAAACUUUAUCGUCUUUGUCGAACGAAACGCAUGGAAUGGUUACUCAGGUUGAAUUAGUCUUCCCCCAGAAAAAGAUUUUGAAUGUACCACAGAUCAUCAGACAUAUAAACACCAAGCAUAACGGUAAAACGCGCAGCGUGUCCUGUCUGGAUGAUGACAAUAUAUGGGUGUGUGGUAAUGCUAAAAUGAUGAGACUCUAUGGCAUCAAGGGGAAACUAGUGAAAUCAGUACAAACUAAGUCGGGAAACAUUCCACAAGACAUAGCAGUGACAUGGAAUGAUAGUCUUCUUUAUACUGAUGACAGCGAUGGUACUUUGAACAUUGUAAAUACUAGUAAUGCACAGAUACAGACAGUGAUCAGCCUACAGGGGUGGAGACCUCGCGGUGUCUGUAGUACCUCCUCUGGUGACUUCCUGGUUGUCACGGACAGUGAUGAUUAUAAACAAACAAAAGUUGUGUGUUACUCUGGCUCCACAGAGAAACAACGUAUUCAGUACGGUGACGAAGGACAACCUCUCUAUUCAUCUGGUGGCAUUAAAUACAUCAGUGAGAACAGGAACCUAGAUAUCUGUGUGUCAGACUAUAAAGCCAGUGCAGUAGUGGUGGUCAAUCAGGCCGGGAAACUCCGGUUUACCUACCUAGGGUAUUGCUCAACAACAAAUGAAUCGUUUAGACCAGUCGGCAUCACAACAGACAGCCAGGGUCGGAUACUGACAUCCGACUAUUACAACCACCGUAUCCACAUCCUGGAUCAGGACGGACAGUUUCUCCGCUACAUUGACAACUGUCAUUUAGACCGUCCAUGGGGUUUAUGUGUGGACACCAGAGACAACCUCUUUGUGGCUGAAACAACGGGUCAAGUGAAGAUAAUACAAUACUACAUGUAUUGAAAUACAAACUAUUUUAACUGUUAAAAAUUUGCAUUUAACGAAAUGCUAUGUUUAUUAGGCAUAUUUAUUACAUGUACAUUUAAUAGAAUGAUGUGUUAAUAUCCAUUAUAAUACAUUAUAUUUUUACAAAAAUGCAUUUCUCAAAAUUUUGCACCAGGGUAUUUCACUCGUGUAACUCAUGUCAUACUACAUUGCACUGCUUUCAAAAUGAUUUUCACAAAGGUGGUUUUCAACAGUAUCCGUCAGCUUACAUCAACUUUUCCAACCACCUGAAAUUACAAUGUGAUAAAUUAUACAAUUAUUUAAACUGUGUUAAUUUGGUCAUAUAAUUAUGUUAGUGGUCUUGAAAACCUAAUUCCUUAUUUAUGAAGGUCAUUAAGUCUGUUUCAGACCCAACUCCUGACGAAAAAGAUAAAAUAGUUAGGGGAUCGUCACUGUUACCUAACAAUUUCCUCAGGCUUACCUAAAAGUAAUUGAUGGUCAAUUGAUCCUUCGAAAUUCACUUCCUGAACAAAGAUGAUCAGAUCAUGGGAAUUAUCCCCAUGAACGACAUUUAUUCAGAACUGCAUGUAGUGCGCUCAUCUUGGCGAGGCAAACAAAACUAUUGAAUCAUAUAAAAUCGUGAGGGCCUAGCUAUAUUUUCGUAGAUUGCUAUUUUUUCAAAGGCUCUU